GGGAUCAGAUUGCAAGGAUUUGCUCAAAUACAAGGAGGAUAUAAAAUAUCUUGAGUUGUACAUUUUUCUCAUUUCAGCUGGACAGCUAGUAGAAGGUUAAUUUGUAUGUCAAAUUGUUGAAAAAAGAGCUCAUGAAGUAGGAAAGGGUUAAAAACAAUCUAUAAGCAAAAGAGUUGAACUGUUCAGGUGGAGACCAGGAGUAAUUAAGUAUAUAGUCUUGAAGCUGGAAGGAAAUGAGAGGUUUUAUUUUUGCUGGACUGACUUAGGUUUAAACUCAGUGAAGCUGGUAGUGUUGUAUUUCAUCAUCCAGGCAUUAGGCAGCCAGCCACUACUUGCAGAAUGAACCUGAGGUCUGGCAAAGCCACAUCAGCAAAUCCUUCCACCCCUAGGACUCCACGCUGCACUAGGAGUCGAGAUGGGGUUCUGGAAACACCAGGAGGAGGAGAAUUUGGUGACCCUUCAAAGACUGCACAUUCAGCAAGAAAAGCAACACGCAGAGCUUCAUCAAGGACUGGGCAAGAUGUGACAUUUGGUAAUACAUCUGGUUCCUUCACAACUACACCCAGAGCCACAAGAAUACCAAGAAAACACUUGCAGAAGGCAGAGCUCAAGAGAGGAUUUGAAUCCACUUCCUAUGCAACAAAAUCCAACACACAGGUGAGGUUUCAGGAGGAACAUCAGGGGCCAGUAACUAGGAAUGACCACAACACCAACCAGAACCUGCCUUCCUUUCCGAUCUCCCCUUCGGUGUCCCCUGACGUGGAGACCAAUAGAGACUCAUACAGAAGCUCGAUGCCUCUGGAGAUGACUUUCUCCAUCAAUUUCUCAAUGGAGGAGACCCCCCUUUAUGACAAGAAAGAGCUCUUUAAUCAGCAAAGAUUCGUCAAGGAGUUGCAAAGCUCAACAGAAAAGACAUUUCAAAAAUCCACUCUUCCUCUGAAAACCCGCAGUGUCCCUGAUUAUUCACUUGUUCUGGGGCUGGAUGAAACGCUCGUUCAUUGCCAGAUGACUCCCAUGGAGGAUACGGAUUUUGUACUUCCUGUCCACUUUCAAGAUAAAAACUAUCAGGUCUACGUGAGGCUGAGGCCUUUCUGCAGGGAAUUCCUUGAAAGUGUCUCGCAGUUCUAUGAGAUUAUCCUCUUCACGUCUGCUACCAAGGAGUACACUGACAAAGUGCUGGAUAUAUUGGACCCACAAAGGCGGAUUAUCAGGCAUCGUCUGUAUCGGAAACACUGCAUCUGUGUCAUGGGGAACUACGUCAGGGAGCUGAUGGUCCUCGGAAGGAAUCUGGCAAGGACGGUCUUUGUAGACAGUUCUGCUGAAGCUUUAGCUGGCCAGACUGCAAAUGGGAUUCAGAUCAAAAGCUGGUUCAAGAAUCCAAGCGACCAGGAGCUCCGCAAACUCAUCCCGUUUUUGCAGAGACUGGCACAACUGGAUGAUGUCCGGCCGGUCAUUCAGAUGAACCAACAAUUCAACAGGCCAGAAACGGAGGUCUGAAGGGUGGCUCCAAUAAAACCGAUCGUCUUUUUCCCCUUCCCAACCAAAGUUUUUAUAAUGAACACCAAAAACUGUGCCCCGUUCCACAAUGACAUUGUCAGAGAAUAAUGAAUAACCCUCUACCUGGAACAUGACGUAAACUUACAACAUCUUGUUUCACCUUCUAAUUGUUAUACUGGGGCAGCCAUUUUACUGCUAUGCAGAUACUUUAUUAGCCAAGUCAUCGCCUGUGUCCUGUUAGAUUCAUUUUCUAUCACUUUUAUCCAUAAUUUACAAAUAAAGGAUGCCACAUUAAUGCCU